UUUGUGUACUAAGUUCUCUGUUGUGCACAUUUUAUAUUUUCGCGUCCCAUCUGGCGCUGGUUUAGAAAUUCGUUGGCGCCGGUCGCCCUGUUGCCAUGUUCUCUAUACUUCAGCCACCUGCGGUUCCAUCGUUGGUUCAGCUGUGCACCGGUGGACGGACCCCGGUCCGGACAGGCCGUGAGACCACCCAAACGGCCGCUUCUGACCUGCAGGUCAUCAGUUUUCAUAACACUUUUCAGUGGUUCAGCCAGAGUAGGCUUUGCGCGUCCCUGCUAAGGAGCAAGGAUGAGUUACAACGGGCGCUGUUCUAUACUCCCGCCGUCAGGGAAGAGGUUACUGUGCAAAACUCUUGUUCAUGGCCAGCUAAUUACGAAUCGUAUAGCCUCGGCCGGUUAGGCUUGUACCGGUCAGCUUUGCUACGGAGUCCGCUUGAGAAAGUCAAUAUUGGCGGAAGCAGCACUACGCGCGGGUUUAAAACAAAAGCGUCAAUGGCCAGGGAGGGCUACGGAUCGGGCUUCACGUCGCCAUCGGAUAUCUUCCGUAGCAUAAGGAAGGAUGAUAGCUCAAAGAAAAUUGACAAGACAGACAAACUCAAACAUUUUCGUUCCUACAUACAAGAUUCGUCUCUAUCCGCUGAGGAACAGGCACGCCUUCGAAUAGCUUUUGCCGAAGGCUACGCGUCUGGAAAUGGUAAGGCCGCACCGAAAUUGAAACUCUUCACCACCAUCCGGGACAUACUGGGUAUAACGCUAAUCCUCGCUGCAUUGUUCGUAUUUCUUGGUGGACCCAUCCGACGUGUCAUAAUAGGCUCUUCAAAUGAAGUCCUUCCCGAAGAGAUCGAGGUAUCGUUUCAGGAUGUGAGAGGCGCGGACGAGGCCAAACAAGAAUUGCAAGAAAUUGUUGAGUUCCUCCGUAAUCCAGAGAAGUUCUCGGCACUUGGUGGCAAAUUGCCAAAAGGCGUUCUUCUCGUGGGUCCACCGGGCACCGGCAAGACACUUUUGGCGCGAGCCGUUGCAGGGGAAGCCGGAGUACCGUUUUUCCAUGCUGCUGGCCCAGAAUUCGACGAGCUUCUUGUUGGACAGGGCGCUCGCCGAGUGCGUGAUCUUUUUCAAACUGCGAAGGCUCGUGCUCCAUGUGUAAUCUUUAUUGACGAGAUCGACUCGGUUGGCGCCAAGAGAACCAAUUCGGUGCUGCAUCCGUACGCAAAUCAAACUAUUAAUCAACUACUCACAGAAAUGGAUGGUUUCCGGCAGAAUGAAGGCGUAAUAGUUCUGGGAGCCACCAAUCGUCGCGACGAUCUCGACAAGGCCCUUCUACGUCCAGGUCGCUUCGAUGUCGAGGUUCAAGUGCAAACUCCUGAUCUAGAGGGGCGUAAAGAUAUCUUAGAACAUUAUUUAGCGAAAGUGACACUCGGUAAAGAUAUAAGCGUCGACUAUCUGGCACGAGGUACAACAGGGUUCACUGGAGCAGAUAUUGAGAACAUGGUUAAUCAAGCGGCAUUACGAGCCGCCAUGGAUGGUAAGGACGCAGUAACAAUGCAGUAUUUCGAAAACGCGCGGGAUAAGGUGCUUAUGGGGCCAGAACGCAAAAGCCGUAUACCGGACGAAGAGGCUAACCUUAUUACCGCCUACCAUGAAGGAGGGCAUGCUCUCGUUUCAUUUUAUACCAAAAAUCAUAGCCCAUUGCACAAGGUUACAAUAAUCCCCCGUGGGCCCUCUCUCGGUCAUACAGCCUACAUCCCUGAGAAGGAGAAGUACCAUGAAACAAAAGCACAAUUAAUGGCCACCUUGGACACCUUGAUGGGAGGCCGGGCUGCUGAGGAAUUAAUUUUUGGGCCUGAGAAGAUUACCUCGGGCGCUUCAUCGGACCUGUUGCGCGCCACUAUAAUAGCUAAAAAGAUGGUGAAGAUGUGGGGCAUGUCUGAAUCUGUCGGAGUUCGUACAUUCCCUGAAGAGCAGGACUCUCUCGUCGUCGUUAAUGACUUGGCAAACACAACGGCAGAGCUUAUUGAUCAAGAAAUCAAACGUAUCCUUAACGAGUCUAUGGAGAGGGCUAAGCACAUUCUCAAGACGCACCAGCGAGAACUUAAAUUAUUAGCUGAAGCGUUAAUGAAGUACGAGACCCUCGAUGCGAAGGAAGUAAAAGUUCUUCUCGAACAGGGCGAGUUUAAGCGCUGACAGGUAACACCUAGUGCAUUAGAUGAAUAUA